AUGCAGCUCUCCACUAAGCCAUCAUUGGCGCGUCUCAUUCGUGAAUCUCUCGGGCUCCUCCCCGGAUAUGCUACACCAGAGCUCAAAGUCGAUGUCAAGGAUAUCACUCUGGACAUCUUGCGGGACCCCGAAGCAAGGAAAGAACAAGUCGAGCUCCACAAAAAAGCAGAAGGAGCGUUCACGCUGGCAAUCACAGGCUUCGCGUUCACCCCUAUGCACGCCAUCUCCGACUGUAUCAAGGACGUAUACGCCCUUGCCAAGAAGAAGAUCCUGGACGAAUGGGAUACGUACUCGCCGGGUCUGCAGGAGCAGUACAAGAUCCAGCUGCAGAGGCUCGAGGAUCCCAACAGCUCUCCUGGCGAGUUUGUCCUUGUCCCAGGAUUCCUGAGCCACCCGAACCCUCCCAAACCCGGAAAGAAGUACUUCACAAUUCUGCUGUGUCUCAAUCAUAACUUCUCUCGGGGAACUAUCCACUCAGUGUCGUCUGACCCCAAUGGGAACCCGGAAUGCGAUCCUCAUUACUUUGAGCAUGACGUCGACCUGCAGACGUUCGUCGAACUCGCCAAGUUCGUGCGAAAGAUGGCUAAGACCUCGCCACUCCGCGAUAUCCUCGUUGACGAGCCUGAAGUCAACCCAGGUCCAGACUGUGACGAUUCGCAGCUCGCAGAGUGGCUUAAGACGACGAGUGCUACUACAUAUCACACGGUGGGGAGUUUGUCGAUGUUGCCCAAUGAUAAGGGUGGUGUAGUCGACCCCAACCUUAAGGUGUACGGCACUACAAAUGUCCGAGUCGCUGACCUCUCGAUCAUUCCGCUCCAUUUCGCGUCGCACACUCUUACAACUGCAUACGCGAUCGGUGCUCAAGCCGCUGACAUCAUCGCUCGCGCUCAUAAAUAG